AUGCGUUUGGUCUCCACUCUGCCACUUUAUCGCAACGAUUUUUUUUUUCUUGUCCCCUGCCCCUCGGAGCCGCGUCCACCUGCACGCCGAAUCCAGAUGGCCAUCCCAACCCCUCAAUUUUUUCCGUUCUCGAGACGGGAAGCUCAAAACCUUCUAGGUUGGCUGUUGUCGAAUUCUUUUCUGCCUCAGAGGAAUGGGCCAAUAGAACCACUCAAGCCUCACCCUACCUGGAUAGUAAACCACAUACCUUGUCUUUCACCGCAUACUUUCUUUUGUAAAUGCUCAAAUCAUAGAGUCUGUCACCCAGCAACGGACCUACCUUUUCUUAAGGGACAAUCAUGUUGCUGCCAUCCCGCAUGA